GAACCGCGGUCUAAUUGUACGCGAACGUUUCCAAUGCAUGAUAAGCCAUGCCUGAGAAGAUGAUGGGGGACUGUGGGGGAGGAUAACUUGGUAGUACAUACCAAAAAUGUUUUCGGCUCUCCUACGCGUGGACGUCACUCCGAAGAUCAACGAGUUCUUGUAUCGCAUUUCUGUUGUUGUAAUGAUCAACCUUUCAUCUGAGAUCUGAGCGCUGAGUACCCAGUUGGCCAGGUCUGUUGGUCAGAUCUGGAACAAGUAUCUUCGUUCUGCCGAGGGAAACCACUAUAGAAGCUGUCCGUCAGUAAUUUCCUGAUCCUGUCCGCCAGUGCUCAUAGCUGGCAUGGCGAAUGUUGACCUGAAAGAGUUUGUCUUUGACCGCGUUCUGGAUGAAAACGCGCUCGCACAUACGCUCGCCGUGCUUGGCACACUGCCCUCCCCAUCGACUCCCUCUGCGCCCCUUCGCGCCAUCAUCCGCUUCGAGCGCACGCCCCUGCCAUCUACCCUCGCCUCUCAGCUCUCAUCCGGCGUUCUUGAGUCUACCAAGCUGAUCGGAAGCACUGACAUUUACUCGUGGUUCUUUGCUUGGCUUCACAAACACGAUGACUUCCCUGACGUGAAGAUCUAUGUUAUCUGCCCCGCCACCGAGGUCCACAUCCGCAAGUAUACAAAGCAGGACAUGCUCAUGGUGCACGAGACUCCCGCUCUCUACCAGUCCAUCGUCAAACCUUACAUCCUAGCCUUCGACCCUGCACGCACACAAUGGGUCGAAGACAUUCUCACAGGUGACGCCGAAGCGUUAAAUAUCUUGAAUGCUUCUCCGGAGUUUCUCAUCCUUCCCGACAUGAAAUGGGACACCACCAAUAUUUCCAACCUUUACCUCCUCGCGCUCUAUAGGCACACUGACGUGCACUGUAUGCGGGAUCUCCGCAAGAAGCCGCACUUGGGCAUGCUCAAGACGCUCAGGAGAGAUGCUUGGAGAGUUGUGCAGGAUAAGUGGGGUAUCGGCCGUGGUGGCGUCAGGAUGUACAUCCAUUACCAGCCGAGUUAUUACCACUUUCACGUGCACAUUGUCUACACGGGCCAUGUUGGGCUGUACGGUAUGGUGGUGGGCCAAGCCCACCUACUGGAUGAUAUCAUUUCCUUGCUCGAACUAGACCCUGAUGAUGGCCCUUCUAUCAUUGAGCGCAUGACGUUUACAUAUGGACUCGGCACAGAACACGGGUUGUACAAACCCUUGGCUGCAGCACUUGCAGAGGGGCGUGAUGAUGCGGAUUAGAUGGCGGUGGCGCUGACAGAGAACUGAAGAUACCGUACAAGGAUAUCCAUACAAAGCUGACAAGAUAUUGUUUUUCUUGGGAUCAACGUCAAGUAAUAAUAUUUACAAA